UAUUCUUAUUUUGUCGGUCAGAAAAAACUCUUUAAAAUUAGGCUGACGGGAAUUUUCUCUUUCUAGAAGUGGGUCACGAUUGUCAGUCCAGACAUAGCAAAGUCCCAUCUUCAGUACACUUUCAAAACCAGCACCAAUAAUUAUGACCCAAGAGCCACACCCACACAACCCUAAUUCCAAUUCCGAAUUUGAAACCCUCAUCCUCGAACCCCCUCCACACCCAGAGAUGAAGCCUCCUCAAGAAGACAACCCAGACUCCUUACCGGUCCGAUCUCCCCGGAGCCGGACCGCCCUAACCUUCUCUCGCAAAAAGCGCAAGAAGACGGGCCGGAACCCCAAAGCCACUAAGAAGAACCUCGAGAUUCUUCGCAAAACCCUAAAUCCAAUCCCCUUCGUCCCCGCCAAAACCCUAGACUUCGACGCUCACGAGGACCUCCUGAAGCGGCUGGGCUUGUGGGACUUCGUCCACAUCAAGUUCGAUCGGAGCAUUAGGGCUGAUCUUCUCUCCCAAUUGAUCGUCAACUACAAUCCUCAGCUGCGGUGUAGCUACGUCCACGAGCUUAGAUUUCAUGUUAAUCGGUCCGAUCUGGGACGCGCUUUGAAGCUUCCAGUGAAUCUGAAGAACAAGAAGAACGCCGCGGCGGAUGCCGGCGAGGAGCAGCCGCCGGCGACGGAGGAGGCGAUUGCGUUUCUGGAGGAUCUGGUUUCGAAUUGGUUGCUUUUGCAUGAGGAUACGUGGAUGAUGCCUAGUGAGGUGGUGAAUUUUACAAAGCCAAUUAAGGAAGGUCAGUUUGGGAAGGUGGAUUGGGCUGGUUUGAUUUGGUUCAUGGUGAAUGAGGAGAUCGGUAUGGCGCCGCAGUUGGAGAAGUGCUAUUAUGCGUCGCAUUUGCAGCAGUUGAUCAAGUCUCAGAGGGAGGAUUUGUUUUCGGUGAAGCAAGAGUCCAAAGUGCCGAUUGAUUUGAAGGAUGAUGAUGAUGAGGAAGAGGAUGCUGAGGGAGGCAGAUUGGAGGAGCUGGAGGUUAAGUUGUGUCUCAGGCAAGAGAAUGCACCUGAUGUUGAUGUUGAGCGUGGGAAUUCGGAGAGAGUUGAUGUUGAGCAAGUGAAUGUGGAGAGUGUUGAUGUUGAGGGAGAAGAUGUGGAGAAAGUUGAUGUCGGGAAAGAGAAUGUGGACAGAGAUGAUGCUGGGAAAGAGAAGGUUGAGAAAGUUGAGGCUGAGCAGGAAAAUGUGGAUAAAGUUGAUGCCGAGCAAGAAAAUGUGGGGAAAGUUGAUGUUGAGCAAGAAAAUGCGGAGAAAGUUGAUGCAGAGCAGGACAAUGCUGAGAAAGUUAGUUGUGAAACAGAGCGGGUUGAGGAUGGGGAUGUAAUGGAUUUUGAAGAAUUUAAGGAGGCAGAGCCUGCCCAAUGGGUUUUGGCUGGGAAGGAAAAUCUAGGGGAACCUUGUUUGCAGCGGUGUAAUCUUGGUGGGGUUAAGGAGUUUGGUUGUGGGGAUGAGAGAAAUCAACAUAUGGAGUUGGGAGAAGGAGUAGGUGAAGAAGAACAAGAGGAAGAUGCAAUAGAAGAAGAAGAGGAAGAGGAUGAUGAUGAUCAGGAGGGUGGUUUCCACCUUUUGCCUAAAGGUUUUUCACUAGAGGGGUUUCCUUCAGGAAAUCUUACUCAGGGUAUGGACGGUAUGCCACUGCGUGAUCAUUUUGGCCUUGAAUUUCCUUCUCCAAGGGACAUAAUGCUUCCUGGAAGUUCUUCACUUUAUGGUAAUGGUCCCAAGAGAGAGAUUAGCCAUGAGAAUGAUAAUUCUCAUCAUGGUCUCAAUGGUAAUAAGAGGUUGAGGACUGAUGGCUCUUGGGAUAGUAAGAUGUCUGGUGACUUUGAGACAGGUAUGGAUCAAAUACAGCAGUGGAUAGGGGGAGUGGCAGAUGUGCAGCAGUGGAUGGGAAAAGCUAGGAUGAUGUAUGCAGCAAAAGAAAGCGAGUGCCAACAAGCUUCAGUGAACCAGCAGAUUCUAAUGCAAGAGUUGCAGAAAAGGGAUGAGUUGAUUGAACACUUGCAUAAGGCCAGGUUCGACGAGCAGCAAAAGCUCCAAACAGAGAAGUUUAGGUUUGAGCACGAGGCACACUUGAUGAAAAAUCUCUUGGAAGGCUAUAGGAAGGCUUUAAAGGAAACACAAAAGGCAUUUGCUGAAUAUAGAGUACAUUAUCCACAUGCUGUUGAGCCACUCUACAGGGAUGUUCCAGGAUCUGGGGGUCUUGUUUUAAGCACCACAGAACUGGAAAAGCUACACACAAAGCAAGAAGAAGAAGAGAGGAUGAAACGGCUGGCGAUUGAAACAAUGAUUAAGGACUUUGAAGGUAAGUGGAUUCGCCACUAUGAAACACACCACAAGAAUGUUGAAAUAUUUAUUGGAAGGUUGAUGGAUGCCCAGAAGGAAGUGAACUCUCUCAAGGAAGGGAUUUCAAAACAGAGGGGUCCAGAAACACAGGGAUCUGAUCCAAAUGAAUCAUGAAAUGCUCGGUUGGGGAGUAUGUGCAGUCUGUAGAGCGUUGAUUUAUGAAGAAUGGAUGUUUGGAAGGAAAGGUUGGCGCUUUAAAGUGUUUGUUUUCACAUUUCCAACUUAACGGGUAGUAUUAGCUGUCAUAUAGUGACCUAGCAUCUGGAGCUUUUGUUAAAGGAUGUUAUAGCUUAAGGCUGUCAUUUUGCAUAUGUAUUAUGUAUAUGCUAAUGCUCCAUUGAAUGCUGAAGUUUAUGUUCUGCAACGUUGUUCUCUUGUAGCCAGGUACUCAUUGGUCUUAUAUCCUUACACGAAUCCUUUUGGCUGAGCCUGCAUUUUGUUA